UUUCGGAAUGUUCUUUUUCGAAAGUGGAAGAGAAGAGCGUUAGCGAGAGCCGCUCGAAUUAAAUGAAAAGCGGCUUGAUUAAUUAAAAAGCGACCAGGAUGACUGAGCUCUCGAGCAGAAUGUGAGAGACGGAUGGAAAACAACAUGCUGAUCAAACACAUCAGACAGCGCAGUGUCGGCCGGGCGAAGGUGGCUCAUGCCGUGGUGGUCAUCUUCAUGGAGUUUUUCGCCUGGGGUCUCCUGACCACGCCGAUGCUGACCGUCCUGCAUGAAACAUUUCCACAGCACACGUUCCUCAUGAACGGCCUCGUUCAGGGCGUCAAGGUGAAUCCGGUGCAUCUGUUGUUGUGCAGCUGCAUGCAUUUGAUGAGUUGUAAUUAUAAUAUGUGUUUUUUUGCUCUGAUGUCCGUGUCUGGACUUUUCUCUGUUACGUUCUCUGUCAUAUUUGCGUAUGUGGCUGAUAUUACAGAAGAGCAUGAAAGAAGCACAGCAUAUGGACUGGUUUCUGCGACGUUUGCGGCGAGUUUAGUGACGAGUCCAGCUAUAGGAGCGUUCCUGUCCCUGUGGUAUGGAGACAGUCUGGUGGUUCUUCUGGCCACCAUCAUCGCUGUGGCUGAUAUUCUGUUCGUUCUGCUGGUGGUGCCCGAGUCCCUGCCGGACAAAAUGAGACUGUCGUCGUGGGGUUUGCCUAUCUCCUGGGAGCAGGCCGAUCCUUUCGCUUCUCUGAGGAAGGUGGGUAAAGACUCCACAGUGCUGCUGAUCUGUGUCACAGUGUUCCUGUCGUAUCUCCCCGAGGCCGGACAGUAUUCCAGCUUCUUUCUCUAUCUGGGACAGGUCAUUAACUUCUCCUCAGAAGCGAUUGCAGCGUUUAUUGCGAUGGUGGGAAUCCUGUCCAUCAUAGCACAGACGUUACUGUUAAGCGUUCUGAUGAAGAAGAUUGGGAAUAAAAGCACAGUGCUGCUGGGACUGGGGUUUCAGUUGUUCCAGCUGGCUUGGUACGGCUUCGGGUCUGAACCGUGGAUGAUGUGGGGGGCUGGUGCUGUGGCUGCUGUGUCCAGCAUCACCUUUCCAGCCGUGAGCGCGCUGGUGUCUCGCUGCACGGAUCGCGACCAGCAGGGAGCUGUUCAGGGCAUGAUCACAGGGAUCCGAGGUCUGUGUAACGGACUCGGCCCGGCUCUGUUCGGAUUCAUUUUCUUCCUCUUCAAUGUGGAGCUGAAGGAGCUGAGCCCCGUGGAUCCGAACCCCGUCACGCCGGACACUGAAGAGAAGCGUGUGAUUCCUGGCCCUCCCUUCCUCUUUGGCGCGUGUUCGGUUCUUCUGGCUCUGCUGGUGGCGGUUUUCAUUCCCGCUCAACACGCUCCAGCGCUGAAGACGGAGACUGCGAGCGGCGUCACGGAGAACGGAUCGGUUCCUGUGAGCGACGAAGACAACGAGCCUCUUUUACAGGACAGUAGUUUAUAAGCCCAGCAGGAAACUCCUUUGGUUUGGGUUUUAUUCCAGCAGUGUGUCUGACAAAGCCUUUUACUGAAUGUCUAAACAUCUGUCUUUUUUUUUUUUUUUAUAUAUAUAUAUAUAUAUAUAUAUAUAUAUAUAUCCUUCAGUCUUUGAAAGAGAAUGUG